UCACCCAUUGUAAUGGAACAUGGUAUAGCCUAAGCCUUGCAGUGGUUUGGCCGUCGCGGACUAAUUUUUUCGCAUACCCCACUUGGAGAAGGGUCUAUUCUUUUGAUUCGAGGGAAGCAUCGUUGGACCAAGUGUGCUCAGAUACUUUUGUUCGAACAUUAUAUCGUGUUUUCUGUGCUUUAUUGGACUCCUCGAAAUCUAAUGGCUGUUUACGCACUUCACGUCAAAGGCUGACUCGAACGUGUGCGAAUACAUUUUAGUGAGAACUGCGAUAAAACGAACGUCAACCGGAUUUGAAAGCCCCACUAACACGAUGAGCAUGGUGAGAGACUGGUUGGCAAAAAAAACUUUUAUCUUCGGAAAUGUAUGCGAGGAUGCUGUUUAGCUAAUGAAUGUAAUCGUUGCCACCCAGUUUAAAUCGGAAGUGAAGCUAUUUCCUUCAGGAAAAAGGUUGAAAAGUAGCAUUUUGCAUGUGGAGGACAGGAACUUGAAGGUGGAUUGUGUGACUCGGGGGGGAAAAAAACAUUUGUACACGUUCUACGCGUUGUGCUUCGUUUAAUCUAUCAGACUCAUUGGAACCACGGGUGAGAAAAUGCGUUUUUUGAGCUCAUUGUUAUGUUGUAAACUUGAAGAAACCCGAGAGAAUACGACUCUACUUCGUUUGUGGUUUUUCUUUGCUGUCCUUGUUUCAAAUUCAGCCUGUCCUGACAAAUGCGUCUGUUUCACAUCCACGGUCAAAUGUUUGAACCAGGGCUUAUUCGCGGUUCCACAGCCAUUGCCAGCAAACACUAAAACCCUGUUCAUUACAGGGAACAACAUUUCCCAUCUCACAGCUGUGUCUUUCCCUGUGCCCCUUGAGCAGUUAACAGACUUGUAUCUCACAGGAAACCAGGUGGAGCUGGUGGACCACAAUGUAUUCAACAACUUGCCAAAUCUCAGGCUGCUAGACUUGAGUAACAACAGGAUUCUGCAUUUUAGUGCUCAAGCUUUCUCUGAUUACAACAAACUGCUGGACCUUAACCUCAGCAGGGCUUUUUACAACCAUACUUCCAUGAGUGAGCUCUUCAGUCUGCUACGGAGUGGCGGAGCCCUUCAACUUACCCGCUUAGACCUGUCCAACAAUGACCUGGUGGUCCUCCCUGAGGACAUGUUCUCCCGCCUCUCCAACCUCACCAUCCUCAACCUACAAAACAACUCCCUCAUUUUCAUCCAGAAUGGGACGCUGAGUGUUCCUCGGCUUCGUGAGUUAGACUUGAGGGACAAUGCCCUGAGGGAACUACCCAACACUACACUGAUGGACUUCAGCCUCAAGCCUGGGCUUCAGGUGCAUCUGGCAGGAAACCCUUGGCUCUGUGACUGCAAUAUCGAGGACCUUGUGGCCUGGCUGAAAAGCUCUGAGCAGGUCACAGACAAGCAGAAUAUGACCUGUUCUGACCCUGAGGUUCUGAGGCAGUUACCGUUGCUCCAGAUAAAAGAGUUGGAGUGUACCUUUUCAGGUGAAAUGAAAGGUGUGCUGGAGACCUCGUAUGUCUUUCUGGGCAUGGUGCUGGCCUUGAUUGGAGUGAUCUUUCUGUUGGUCCUCUACCUCAACAGGAAGGGGAUCAAGCGGUGGAUAUACAAUAUUCGGGACGCAUGCAGGGACCACAUGGAGGGCUACCAUUACAGUUCCAUGGAUUGAGAAUCAUGACUCAGAUGGGGUUUGUGAGCGGGCUCUCUGUAAUAUAAAAUGUUCCCUCCCUUGAGCAAAAAAGGAUGGUACGUAAAACUCUAACAGACUUAUUUUGACUUGUAGUAACUAGGCUAUAUACACACACAUCUAUAUCCUUUCUGCUGGUUAUAUUUGAAUCACAUUUUUGUUUCCACUUUCCUCCCACUGUACAGUGUUGCUAUGCUUGUUUAGAUGUCUUCAUUCCUUUUUAAUAUAAUGUGAUUAUUAAAGCACUUGCUAAUUUAUCUCACUAGUAUUACACUUGUUCGGUGGACAUUAUCAACAUUUUUCAUGAUGUACAGCUGAAUAAAAUGUAUUGCGUUACUGUU